UGACGGAGCGCGUCACCACGCGUCACAGCGGAAGUAGCUUUUCUGUCAAAUAUCUAAACACUGCUGCCUGGUAGAGGAGCUGGGAGCUGUGAUCAGCACGACAGGCGGGCUUCCAACCCCAAGACUGGAACAGAGCUGUUUCCUACACACAUGGAUCGGGGUGCCCUGGGAGAGGGGAAGAUGCUGCAGGGUUCAUUAGACAGCAGUGGCCCCAGGUUCACUCCUCUGGUGGUGGUGGAGCUGGCCUCAGAUACCAAGGAGGAAGCCAUUGCAUGGCUACUGAGCAGGAUAAGAGACCAACAGCAGAAAGGAGGUGCUGAGCUGCUGGUGGAGCAACUGGGCCCUGGAGUUGGGGCUCAGGAGAAGGAAAACCCCAACAUGUUCCUGGUGGGGGCUACUAGGCAGAGACUGCUCUCUGGUGCUGAGGAGGUGGGCCUCUUCAAAGAAUGCAAUGAUGGAUCCAUGAGAGGCUUCACCUGUGCCAACAAGCACAACUUCAAAGACUUUGAAGGGGAUGGGGACAGCUUCCUCAAUAUGGCUGAGUGCCAGUACAUCAUAAAACAUGAGCUGGACACAUUAAGGGCCAAAGAUGAGACUCAUGUACCAGGACACACCCAGGUCAAGCUCUACCCUGGGAAAUCUAUUAUUCGCAGACUGCAGUCCAAGGGGAUCCUGAUCCAAAUCUUUCCUCUCCAUGGACAGGAGGAACUCAAGAGACUGUCUUUCUCAUGGUACAAGAAGGUGAAGUUGUCCUUUCAGCCUCUUGAUGACAUCAGACACUACUAUGGUGAGGGUCAGGCCCUCUACUUUGGCUUCUUGGAGUACUUUACGUUUGCCCUGCUGCCUAUGGCUCUCAUCGGAGUUCCCUACUACCUGUUUGACUGGGAGGACUACGACAAAUAUGUCAUCUUUGCUGUGUUUAACUUGGUCUGGUGCACUGUUAUCCUGGAGUUAUGGAAGCGUUUCAGCUCCUCGCUAGCCUACCGCUGGGGCACACUGAGCAGGAAGAAGGCCUUUGAAGAACCUCGUCCUGGUUUUCACGGCACCCUCGGGUUUAACCCUGUGACUGGCCGCCAGGAGCCUCUCUAUCCCAAUCACAAGAGGCAGCUGCGUGUCUACCUUGUGUCCUUGCCCUUCGUCCUGCUCUGCCUUUACCUGUCCCUCUACAUCAUGAUGAUCUACUUUCAGAUGGAGGGAUGGGUUCUGUCAUUCCAUGAUGAGGAGCCCACCUUCUGGACAGGAGUACUGUUGUUCAUUCCCAGUAUUAUCUACGCUGUGGUCAUAGAGAUAAUGAACCUCAUUUACAGAUAUGCUGCUGAGUUCCUCACCGAGUGGGAAAAUCACAGGCUAGAGUCUUCAUAUCAGAACCACUUGGUCCUCAAAGUAUUAGUAUUCAACUUCUUCAACUGUUUUGCCUCGCUGUUCUACAUUGCCUUUGUCAUGCAGGACAUGGUGCUGCUCAGACAGAGUCUGGCCACCUUGUUGAUCACCAGUCAGAUCCUGAAUCAGUUCAUGGAGGCCUUUCUGCCCUACUGGCUCCAGAGAAGACGCAACAAGAAAAUGAUUCGCAAAGUCCAGAAGAGAAGAACUGUGAAAGACAAAAAGCUUCCUCUGGCCGAGCAGGUCCGGUUGGAGGCCGACAUGAGUACAUAUCUGGGUACAUUUGAUGACUACCUGGAGCUGUUCCUGCUGUUUGGUUACGUCAGCCUGUUCUCCUGCACCUACCCUCUGGCUGCUGUCCUGGUGGUGCUGAACAAUGUCACAGAGGUUUACUCUGAUGCCUUCAAGAUGUGUUGUGUGUUCAAGCGACCCUUCUCCGACCCAGCAGCCAACAUAGGAGUCUGGCAGCUUGCCUUUGAAGCCAUGAGUGUGAUCGCCAUUGUCACUAACUGUGCGCUGAUUGGCAUGUCUCCACAAGUCAAGGCUUACUUCCCCGAAUCAGAGACACAGCUUAUCCUGUGGACAGUGGCCAUUGAGCACAUGCUGCUGGCCUUCAAGUUCAUCCUGACGUUCCUCAUCCCAGAUGUUCCCAAACACAUCCAGAUCAAACUGGCCCGCCUGGAGUUUGAAUCACUGGAGGCCCUCAAGAAAAAGAGACAGCUCCUUGGAGGAAAAUGCUUGAAACCUCGAACCUCAGAAAGACCUUGGAGUGAGGAGCAGAGGAAGGCCUACAGAUACUGAUGGACUGCAGCUUUAACAGAUCACACUCUUGUUUACACACAGUCACAUGUAUGUAUUGAUACAAAACAACAUGUUAUUUUGGAGUUUAUGUGUGCUAUAUGUCUUCACUGCAUCACUGAAGGGGCUGAGCCUGAGACCACAGUUUUAGAUACACUGGUGUGUCUUGGGUGUGUUAUGUUGGUUGUUAAAUGUACUGCACUAUAGAUGAGACAUACUGUACUGAGGUUUUAUACAGGGGUAGUGGGAUAAAUAGAACAAAUGUGGUAAUCCAGGUGUUCAAAUCACAGAACCAUGCUGUAUUAUGACAUAUUAUUCUGUGGCCAAGAUUGAUUUGAUAUUCCUGAUGGUCUGGGUUGGGUUUAAUCAGUACUAUGGUUUUGGAAUCCCAAAACUACACUUGAAAGGUUGAGUUAUAUACUGGCAGGGUAAUGGUGUAAGCAGUCAACAAGCUUCUACCGCUAAUAACUUACUUGCUUAAAUGUCACUAACUCAUGAUCACUAUCUUUCAGUAUUCAAGUUGAUUGUUUUACUGUAUUCUGAAUUUGAGUUCAGUACUCAUAUUUAAAUUUCGAGACACAGAAUUGUAAUUUUCAUUCACAACUAAAUACUACUCAAACCCAAACAAGAAAAUCAAGUUAUCUAAAUCAAAACUCAAGAUUAACACAUAAAACUUGAAGGAGGUUACCAAUAAAAAGUACUUCAGCCUUAGUGAACCAUCAGUCCUCUGUCCAAUCAGGUUCCAUUCUAUCAGUCCAAGUGGCUGUAAACCAGGACACUUUUGUACCCGAGCUAUAUCUGACUUAGCAAAACAUAAAAUCACCUUUUCUUCACUCGUAUGGAUGGUUUUCAAAGUAAAGUGUGAAAUGUCCUACAUGUACUGAUAUUAAAGGUUGGCCACCUUUCAAAUUCACACUUCAAACAAAAGCUAUCACAAGAGUAGUCACUAACUGCUGCUAACUUUUAUUGCUCUUAUUUAUUUGGCUCAUUUAGCAAUGUAGCUAGCGAACUGAACUCCCAGCUUGGAACAACAGAAGAUAGUUGGUGGGAGCUUUGGACCAGCAAGAGGGCAGAGUGUGAGCUGGUUGGAAUGCUAACCUCAGUAGAAAUGUCUCCAACACAAAACUUAAACACAUUUUCACAUAUUUUCCUGAUAAUUUUAGGUUGUUUUCUUUGUGUUUCAAACUUAAAAUCUUACAUAUUAAAUCUUUACAUUUCAGCAUUAAGUAUUCAGUAUGUGAUGAAAUCAGUAAUGAAAAUUGAGUUGCUUCCAACAUUCAAAUGAUGUGUUCUAUUUUUACCUCCAGAGACAUGAGAUCAUGACAAGUAUUGAUUUUGUUGGGCUGUCCUGUCCUAGCAUGUGACGUAUCAUCUUAUUAGUCAUCUAAUUAGUAUCAGUUAGUAAUAAUAUGAGUCUGUUAACUGACUUGAAGUCAAACCAUGCACUCUUAUAAUACCCCAUGGUGCCUUGAAAUGCAAUGCCUAUCUGAAUAUUUGUUUUUCUAUGCUCUGCACACACAGUCCUCUGGUAUCUGUCUGAUGUAUUGAAUCUGUUGUGGUCAAUACAGUGGAUGGAACCCUUAGAGGCUCUUUGCAUCUAAAAUAAAUGUAUAAAGAAGGAAUUAAA